GGCGCCAAUUCUCGAACGGCUCCACGCCAGGCGCGGCGCGGGAACUACGGAGCGGGGGCGGGGUCGUGUGUUGGCGGCGGGCGGUGGGGGUGUCAGACCCUGCGCAACUUGCGUAGCGAGCGGCGUCUGCGCAGGCGCAGGGAGAGGAGGGGGCGGAGCAGCGGCAGCCUGGGAGCCAGAGCCCCGGGUCUCAGCUGCCAGAGUCGGCUCCCCCAGCUGCGGCCUGAGGACCCGGCGUCGGCCUCUGCCCGCCCGCCGCGGCUGGAGAGUGGACUCAGUGGAGGGGUGGGGGUGGGGGCAGCGUCUGGAAUCCCGAGGACAGAAGGCAGAGGCCACCCCCAAUCUGGAUUAUUGGAGGGGAAAGAGACUCCCUGUUUGGGGAGGGGGAGAGCCGGGCGUUGAGCGCCCCGGGCAGAGGCCGCUGCCCUGAGCCGACGGGCAUCGGCUGGCUCUCCCCCUCCUGCCGGAGCGGCUCGAGCAACCAAGGCCAAGGACCGCUCUCCGGCCUCUUCGUCUCCCCCCACCCCAGCACUGGGGCUGGCUCAGGAAGGACACACUCCCCACCUCUCCCCUCUGUCCAGGAGAGGAGCCUGCCCUUCCAUGUCCCCGAGUGAGGGGCCCUGGCCCCAGGCCGCCUGUGCCCCGCUGCAAGGGCAAGAGUCCCUCUGUUGAGGGGAAGGGCCUGGCCAGCCGCAGCUCCUUUCCUCCGGAGCUCUCUGCACCCGGCAACUCCCACCCCUCCGUAUUUAUUUCCCUGGCUCCCUGCCAGUCCCUCCAUCUCUGUCUCCAGGAUUCAGGCCUCCUCCCUGGCAUGGAGAGUAACCUGUCUGGCCUGGUGCCUGCUGCUGGGCUGGUGCCUGCGCUGCCGCCUGCUGUGACCCUGGGGCUGACUGCGGCCUACACCACUCUGUAUGCCCUACUCUUCUUUUCUGUCUAUGCCCAGCUCUGGCUGGUGCUCCUGUAUGGGCACAAGCGUCUCAGCUAUCAGACAGUGUUUCUGGCACUCUGUCUGCUCUGGGCUGCCUUGCGUACCACCCUCUUCUCCUUCUACUUCCGAGAUACACCCCGAGCCAACCGUCUGGGGCCCCUGCCUUUUUGGCUUCUCUACUGCUUCCCUGUUUGCCUGCAGUUCUUCACACUGACACUUAUGAACCUCUACUUUGCCCAGGUGGUGUUCAAGGCAAAGGUGAAGCGUCGGCCAGAGAUGAGCCGAGGCUUGCUGGCUGUCCGAGGGGCCUUCGUGGGGGCCUCACUGCUCUUUCUGCUGGUGAAUGUGCUGUGUGCUGUGCUGUCCCGCCGGCGCCGUGCACAGCCCUGGGCCCUCCUGCUGGUGCGAGUCCUGGUGAGCGACUCCCUCUUUGUUAUCUGCGCACUUUCUCUUGCCGCCUGCCUCUGCCUUGUCGCCCGGCGGGCCCCCUCUACCAGCAUCUACCUGGAGGCCAAGGGGACCAGUGUGUGUCAGGCAGCCGCAAUGGGUGGUGCCAUGGUCCUGCUCUAUGCCAGCCGGGCCUGCUACAACCUGGCAGCCCUGGCCUUGGCCCCCCGGAGCCGACUGGACACCUUCGAUUAUGAUUGGUACAAUGUUUCUGACCAGGCGGACCUGGUGAAUGACCUGGGGAACAAAGGCUACUUGGUGUUUGGCCUCAUCCUCUUUGUGUGGGAGCUGCUGCCCACUACCCUGCUGGUGGGCUUCUUCCGGGUGCACCGGCCCACACAGGACCUGAGCACCAGCCGAAUUCUCAAUGGACAGGUCUUUGGCUCCCGUUCCUACUUCUUCGAUCGGACUGGGCACUGCGAAGAUGAGGGCUGCUCCUGGGAGCACAGCCGGAGUGAGAGCACCAGCAUGUCAGGCAGCCUAGGCUCGGGUAGCUGGUACGGCGCCAUCGGGCGGGAGCCAGGCUGGUGCGGGGGCAGCCAGACGCGGACCACUCCUCUGCUCUUCUCCCAGGUGCUGGGACCAGGAGGCCACCACCACAGUCUCUACUCCACCCCACAGACGUGAUCCCCUUCUGUUCUCCCCAGAACACCCAGACCCAGUCCUCCCAUCCCAGGCCUCUGUGCCAAGUUCAUCUGCCGCUUCUUGCCCAGGAUCCCAGGGGACUGUGGCCACCUCAUCCCCUCGCCAGCUCCUUGGUACUCCUUGUAGUGAGCUUGUGCCAUCCCCUAGGAUGGAGGCCAUGACCCUGGCUGCCAGAUGCCCACAGCACCAUGGUAUAACCUGCCGUCUCCACCAGAGCCAGCUACCUCUCCUGCACCUGCUCCUCAAUAAAUGGUGCCCGUGCCCCAUGUCCGA